UUUUCUAUCUGUGGUCUAUUGUUUACAUAUAUUUUAGAUUCCUAAUAAUAAUAAUAUUUCAAGAUUUCUUGUUGAAUUUCAAUUGAGAUUUAACGAAAGAGAAAUGUUGGAUGGUUGGUAUUGUAGAUCUAUGGCUAGUGCGGCUGCUGCUGCAGAAGAGGCGGAAAAAGCCCAAGAAGAAUCUAAAUUUAAAAGCCAAUAUAAAUUUCUUAAACGGAAGCUACAAAAUCUCAUAUACGAGAAUGAAGCAUUUCGUCAAGCACUAAGGCAAAGUCAAAAAAAAUUAUUGAAUGUAACCCGGGAUAGAAAUUUUUUACUGGAUCGCUUGAUGCUACAUGAAAAAAUGGAAAAUUCUUCAUCCGAUUCCGAAGAAACAGAAUCGUCAGAUGAAGGUGAACCAGUUAAAGUAGAACCAAGCAGAAAGAGAAAAGAGAUGACCUCAGUUAAUAGUAGUCAUUAUACAAACUCUAGUAAAGCUGUACCUCCUGUGAAAAGAAAGCGUAGUUCUACUUGUAAAAUUCCAAAACAAAUACAACAUGUUAUGCAAUACCAAUUACAAAAUUCUUCAACUUCAAACAUAAUAUCAGAUGGUCACAUGACACCUGAAGAAGUUGAAAGGCAUUUGCAAUCACAAAGCUUUUUAGAUUUUCUUCCUGAACGAGCACCACCAACUGUUCCAACAGAGAUGUUCAGUAAUGAACCAUCGCUUGACAGUGAAUCAAAUGAUUUGGGUGAGCUUGAAACAUCUCCAAGUAAUUUGGAAGAAGAACUCAGUGUAGAUGCGCUACUUGAAUGAUAUUGGAUUACAAAAUGGAUCUAUAUUAACUGAACCUUCAUGAAAAAGUAAUAACUGCCACAUCUUCAGAGAUUAACAAGUUUUGAAGAGACUUUGAUUCAAUCCAGUUUUUGCAGUAUAACUGUUUUAUGAAAUAAACUAUUUGUAAAUGAGCAAAGCAAAUAAUUAAGUGAUAAAAAAUAUAUGAUUACUAUCUUCAA